AUGGCCGCCGUCACAAAGCCCGCGAAUUUGGCAUCUACUAUGAAAAGUAGGCUCCCUGUGGAGCUCUGGCUCAGGAUAUUUGAAGAGGUUUCCCAGCUCGACGAAGAUGCCGUAAAAUGGCAGGAGGAGAGUGUGGCCUAUCUAGGUCUAAAAUCUGCUAGUCGAUGCUGUCGCUUUUUUUAUAGCUUGGCCGCUCCCAUAAUCCAUCAUACCAUCGUCCUCGAGUACUCAACUAGUUUUGGCCAAGGGCUAUUAAGGGUCCUAAACGAGAACAGUGCCAUAGCGCAAUAUAUACAGGCAAUUGUCCUGCCAGAGCAUACGGUAUAUGGACGUCUCUAUGAAACUCCGCAGAUAGAGAUUCUGGACCAGUUGAAAGGAAAGGCAAAUUUGAAGGAGUUUAGACGGGUAUUGCAUUCUUAUGAAGAUAUGAAUGACCGAUUUGUCCAACGUCUCCUCCAAUACUGGCCAUCUUGUCGAUUAUCUAUCGUGGGAGGUCCAUGGUCUAUGUGGAUGUUACCAAACUUCCAGAAUAGGGAAGGAGAGAUAUAUUGCUCGCGUUCUCUGGUUUCGCUUGGUUACGCCUGGGACACCGCCUUUGCCCGCACUUAUGCCGAUUCCGACUUCGAUGAUAGCGAUGGUGUCGAGUAUAGUGAUGAUGAUGAUGAUGCCAAUGGGACCACCGCUGCCAAAACAUUGAUAAGAUCUUGUCCCAAUCUAGAGGACUUAAAGUUGACUCAACGGACAAAGAAAGGUCGCAGCAAAUUUUUGGAGAAAUUCACAUUAGACUCGAGUGACAGGCUCCCUCCCUUGAAAAAGCUAGAGUUACAGUUUGUCUACCUUCUACCUGGCCAAGGGUUUCUAUGGUCUAAGUGUGCAAACUGGGGGAGGCUUCAACACCUUGUCUUGGCUAUUGAUAGCCCUCGAGAGUUUAUAGAGUGCUUUACUGGACUCGUACCUAAUCUCUCCUCAUUUGAAAUACGAGUCCGGAGCCCAAUUGACAAGGGUAUUAUUGCAGAACCUCUUAAAUUAUUUUUAAAAGGUAUCUAUAGACUCCGGUCAUUUAUAUCCUUCAACGUUCCUAAAUCGGUUUUACCUACUCUAUAUACCUACCAUGGGAAUUCUCUCCAAACCCUCAAGUUUAGAUUACUAGUAGUUACUUGCCGUGACUAUAAAAGUAUUGAGAGUGAUUCAAAGAACCCAUUUCCUAAUCGAGAGAGGAUAUAUGAAGAGGAACCAAGCUUGGGAUAUCCCUCUACUCCUCUACGGAACUUUGUAUUUUAUCUAAGUACAAGGAAGCACUAUGCUUAUACGGAAAUAGACCAGCAUCUACAUGCUGAGGAUAUGGAGAAUAUCCGACUGUGGUUCCCUAAUGUCUACGACUUCGCAUUUGAUUUGGAUCCUCGUGGGUGUCUGCCAUACGACUUGCUUACUUCUAUCUCGCGGCAUCAAAGCCUUGAGCACUUACAAAUUCACCUACCAUAUAACCUUGAAUUUGAAAAUCCUCCUGGAGAAAUAUCCUUCCAGAAAUGGAUCGAGUCCAUAUUCAGCCACAUAGAUAGCCAGAAGCGUGACUUAGUGAGGAACCCUUCCUGGCCGCAAGGGAAAGUGCUAGAGUUCAAGUCACUAGCUCUCGCGAUAGGAAAUUGGGAUAAAUUUGACGUACCUUACAAAGCUGCGGUGGGCGAGGUCAUGUAUCGUUGCCGAAGGAUGCCAAAUGGCCAAAUAGGCAAGGCAAUGCGUUAUCCACCGUUACGGCCCUCCGUGCCAAUGCAUGUUUUCAAGCCAUACUCGGACUCGGACACGGACUCGGACUCAGACUCAGACUCAGACUCCGAGGACUUGUUGACGAAUCUUGCUUGUGAGCCAUAUAUGAUUUUCCAUAGGAGCGAACUAAAAAGAAUGAUGGGUUUAGCUUAA